GUUCGGCUUCAAUUUUUGGUUUUAGGUUCCUGAUUGGAGAUUGAAAGUUGUUGGUCAAAAUAGGUAGAUUAUGAUUGGUUACAACUAGAUUUAUUUUGUAACAAUUUAAAAUACAAGAACCGCCAAAGAUAAAAACUAAUUAAUUGGUAGUUUUCUUGCGGUAUACGUCAGUUUUUGGUAAUUCAUUUCGUCAGUAAGAAUCCUUAUGUCUCUCUUCUUCGUCAACAGCCAGCAGGACAGUGAGUUGGAUGGUGAAGGAUCUUCUGGAGCUACAGCUACCACUGCGGCUGUCACUCAAAAUGUGUCAGAGGCUCACCAGGCUUUGCUCUCCUUCUGGCCUAGAGUCACAGAGGAAAUAAAAAAAAUUGGACAAGUGAGGCUGGAUUUGAAAACACAAGCUCUCCCGUUGGCACGAAUCAAAAAGAUAAUGAAGCUUGAUGAAGACGUGAAGAUGAUCAGUGCUGAAGCUCCGAUGUUGUUCUCAAAAGCAGCUGAACUCUUUAUCCACGAGUUGACGUUGCGUGCUUGGAUUCACACAGAGGAUAACAAAAGGCGGACAUUGCAACGUAAUGACAUUGCAAUGGCUAUUUCAAAGUAUGACCAAUUUGACUUUCUGAUAGAUAUUGUUCCACGUGAUGAAAUCAAAACUUCAAGUCACAGGGGAUCCGGUGAAGCCCGAACUCCUAUAAAUCCAGAUCAGGUUCAUUAUUACUUCCAACUGGCUCAGCAACAUCAGGCAGCAUUACAACAGCAGCAAGCCUCAGCCUCGGGGGCCUCCUCAGCCCCUACUCCUACCCCCCCUGCCACUGCCCAGACUAUACAAGUAGUUCAGCCCUCCCCUGCUCAGCUACAAGCUAUCACAGUCUCCAACCCCACUGACCAGGUAACGCAGGCAGUAGCGACCAGUACGAGUAACACAACCAGCCAGCCACAAAUUGUACAGCUGCACCAGCCACAAAUUGUACAGCUGCAGUCUAGUCAAGCCCAGCCAGCAGUAAAUAGUGUGCAGCUUGUACAACAAAUAGUUACUGCUAGCGGUGAGAUACAGAAUGUGCCUAUCCAGCUUUCACCGAGCCAACUACAGAUGAUCAGGAUGCAGCUGGCUGGGGGAUCGUCUCAGCCUAUUAUUCUGCAAGCUCAUCCUCAACUUGUACAGGUCAACCAGCAAGGCUCUGGAUCCACACCAGUUUACCUGUCUCAGGCGACAGCUAACAGUAGUCCAUCAGAGACUGAAUAGUCUAAUGUACAUGUACAAAUGUAUUUAACUUGUAAAAUAUAAUAUUUAUAAGUAUGUGUAUACUUGACCAAACUUUAUUAAACAUUUCGUAGUAAA